AUGUCGUCUUCUGAAAGCACAGAGCUUUCACCGAGCAAUUCCGCUCAAAAUGCUGAUGAACCCACCCAACCCGAAUCCUUCUCGAAGUCAGAGCAUGAGUCGUCUGACGACGAUGCUUCUGGCGACGAAUCCGCCCCUAGAGCCUCUUCCCCCAAGUCGGAGAUGGAGGAAGAGUACUCUAGUUCUGAAGAUGAACAAAUGCCAGAAAAUAAGUUCUCCGAUGAAGAGGUCAGAGUAGCUUACGAAGACCUCGAAGAAACCCCUCAGGUUUCUUCAGAAAACGAAACUUGCGACUCUGAAACCCCUCAGGUCUCAGAAAAACCCCAAGCCCGUGUAGAAUUCGACACUUCGAAUAGCUGCAACCGACGCUCCGAGAAAAAACAGGCAAAUAAAAGGCCUCGUAACCCCUCAAGCCCUACCCAAAAUCCUGAGCUGAAAAAAGCCAAAGAUUUAGAUGCGAUGCAACGAUCGAUCGACGAAAUGAUCGCUCGGCUGCAUCAGUCCGAAAUUGCCAGAAAGCAAGACCAAAAAGCCUAUGACCAGCAAAUUGAUCGAUUAAUGGCAGAGCUACAAAAGCUCAAUGCCAUUAACGCUCAGAAAGACGAGGAAAACCGAGGGCUAGUCUCAAGGUUGAUGAGUCUUACGCAAGGACCAAAAGCUUCCCCUGAACCCACCCACGAUAUAGCAUCUACGAACGCGAAGAUCGAGGAGCUCAUCAUGAAUCUCCAGAACUCGGAAGCCAUAAGACAGAGGGAAAGAGAGAGACAUGGUAGAGAAACAGCCGAGAUGAUGGCCGAGCUAAAACAGCUAAGGGCCACGAUCGAGCAAAAAGAUCUAAGAAACCAGGAGUUAGUCGAUCAGCUGAUGAGACUAACUGCUGAAAAGUAA